AUGCCUCACGACAGCAUCGUGAUUCUUCGGACCGCCUUCAUCCUCGUGGGGGUUCUUCCGGGUGACUGGGACGUCUCCUGGAAGACAGUCACAUUCCGGGCUUACUGUGUCAUCAUGGACCUCUUCUUCCCACUCUUUUGCAUUUUUAAAUUACUAUACAGUAUCAUGAACAAAGUUUCUGGUCCAUCUUUGACGUCAUUCCUUGACGAGGAGAAUGAAGCGAUAAUGGCUUUAUCACUCACUUUUGAGCGUUUCGCCUACCGGUGGAAGUCACGCGAAAUAUUGGAGUUUGUAACCAAACUGGGAAUGCACCAAGGAGACGGAGAAUACGAAGAAAACAUCAUCAGAUUCUAUCAGAAGAUAACCAAUCGGAUGAACGCGUUAUUUGUCUUCUUGACGUCCGUACUGUGCACAGCGAUAACUGCUAAUUACCUAUCCAUUGCCCGACUCGCCGGGUUGCCCAAAUUUGAAAACAGCUGUGGCCGUUUCUUUGUGGAUAUCUGGGUGCCCCAAGUACUUUGCAGGAGUCCCUGGUUUGAAAUCACGUUCUUCUACAAUGUUUUCAUGAGUGGAGCAUCAAUAGUUAUGGCUUACAUUUCCCUAGUUGCAGUACCAUUGUUGGCCAUCCAGAUCGCUGGCAAGUUCGAAAUUGUUGCUCAAAGAUUUCAGUCGAGGUUGUCCUCACUGGCCGAUGGAACUGUGGUCGGUGACCAUCUGAUUCAGAAGAACAUCAAAACUACUAUUCAACUACACCAGUCCCGUAUUAGAAUUCCAGGAGAAGUCUACAACAGCAUCAGAUUCCAGACGCUGCUGCAAAGAGGGAAAGCUGCCACGCUGAUGAACUCCUCGUUCCACAUAAUUGUUCUGAUCAAGAUGGUGUUCAUGUCUCUGCCGAUGAUCGUGGUGUCUCUAGUUAUGUCCCAGACGGAGUUUGGAAGUUUCCAGUCUCUGAUACACGCCUUGUAUUUCACACUUUUGCUGUUUCAACUGUUUUUCUUCUGUUUCGUCGGGGACAAACUUACCGAAAAUAGUCUGAAGGUACAAAGAGCCGUGUACAACAACCAAUGGUAUACGAUGUCACUGGCUAACCAGAAGUUGCUCUUUACCGUGGCUACCAGAGCGGGAAGACCUGCCAAGCUGGAAGUGUGGCCAAACUUCGUACCGGUGUCUCUAGAGAACUUUCUAAACAUAUGCCAGUUCACCUACUCUGUGUACUCUGUGUUGGUCGUGACGACGUCGAAGUAG